AUGGGCUGUUUUGGAAACAAAGACAAAUCAUCUUCAAAGGAAGAAGAAAUACUAGACUCUAAAAAGAUUCUGUUAUUGGGCGCUGGUGACUCUGGAAAAAGUACAAUAUUCAAACAACUUCAAAGAAUUUAUAACAAUGGCUUUCCGGUCGAGGAGAGAAUUUUGAAAAAGAAUGUCAUUUAUGAGAACGUGCUGAGAAAUAUGAUGAGUCUGAUAAAAGCGACACAUACAUUCCAGAUACCGAUAGAAAAUGAAGAUAAUAGAGAAAGAGCGGGCAAGAUUGACCAACUAUCAUCCAAAGUAUUGCUCUCUAUUGAACGUGUAUGGAGCUCGGAACUCGGUUUGGAAAUUAAAAAACUGUGGGAAGAUCCUGGUGUCCAACGAACUUUUCAAAAACGAAGUGCAUUUCAAAUUGAAGACUCCGCUCAAUACUACUUUGAUAACUUGGAACGAAUUUGUGAGGAAAAUUAUAUACCUACUGAGGAAGAUAUUGUGAGAGCCAGAAUGAAAACAACCGGUCUCAUUGAACAAAAAUUUGUAUCUCAUAAUACCGAGUUUGUCAUGAUAGAUGUCGGUGGACAGAGAAAUGAACGUAAAAAAUGGAUACAUCAUUUUGAAGGAGUUGAUGUCGUCUUGUUUGUGACAAGUAUGAGUGAAUUUGAUCAAAAGUGUUAUGAGGAUGACCAAACUAACCGUAUGAAAGAAUCUCUUCAACUGUUCGAGGACCACAUCAACUCGAGAUGGUUCACUAAUGCUCAAGUUUAUUUACUAUUCAACAAGUAUGACCUUUUGAACAAAAAAUUAAUGCCGGAGUGA